UCACAUACUAUGUCGCAAUAAACUCAUCCUCUCUCUUCUUCAUUCAUCUUCUUCCUCUUCCGUCACACACACACAUAUACAUACAAAUGGCGCCGGCAAUAGCUCCGAUGAAACCAUCUAACAUUGCGGAGAACUCAUUCGUUAAGGCGCUGGCUGAGUCUUCCACCCUCAAUUCUGUCCCUUCUCAGUUUGCUUUCGCCAAUGAUUCCAGAGGCUCCCACUCUGAUUCUAUUCCCAUCGUUGAUUUCUCCCUCCUCGUCUCCGGCACUCCUGACCAACGCGCCAAAGUUCUCCGGGACCUUGACAACGCCUGUAGGGAAUGGGGAUUCUUCGUGCUGGUGAAUCAUGGGAUCCCCGAUACUCUUCUGAAGGCCAUAAUAGAGGCGAGUCUGGAGUAUUUCGAGUUGCCGGAGGAGGACAAGCGGCGGUACGAGGCCAAGAGUGCGUCGGACCCUAUCAAAUCCGGCAGUGGCAGCGUCAUCAAUACGGCCAACCACAGGGUUCACUUGUGGAGGGAUUUUGUCAAGUCCUAUGUUCACCCUCAAUUUCACUGUCCAGAAAAACCUCAUAAAUUAAGGGACGUUCUAGCUGAAUUUUCUGAAAAAACUCGAUACGUGGCGAGAAAACUACUCCAGGACAUCGGAGAAAACCUUGGACUGGAAAAAGGAUACAUGGAUGAAGUUUUGAAGCUGGACUCUUGCUUUCAACUGUAUGCCGCAAAUUACUAUCCGCCUUGCCCUCAACCCGACCAAGCUAUUGGUCUGCCAGCACAUACCGAUCAUGGGCUCUUGACGUUCCUCAUACACAACGGAGUUGCUGGGCUACAGAUACAGCACAACGGAGAGUGGUUCAACACUAAUUCCCCUCAGAAUUCCAUUCUGGUUAACACAGCCGAUCAUCUUGAGAUAUUAAGCAAUGGGAGGUACAAGAGCGUGAGGCACAGAGCGGUGGUGAACAAUGAGGCAACCAGGAUAUCAGUGGUCAUGGCUAAUGGUGCGGCACCUGAUGCAAUUGUGGAGCCGGCUGGGCCGUUAGUCGAACAGGAUGGUCGUGCAUAUUAUAUUAUCAUGAAAUUUAUUGAAUACGUGGAAACAAUGCUCAGCAACCGGCUUCAAGGGAAAAGCAACUUGGAUUGCAUCAAGAUACAGCAGCAUGACUGAAUUGAAUAAUCACUACUGUUGUUUAUAAGAUUACUGCGUAUGUAUGAUUAAAAAUUCCCAUAUAUAGUUGUUAAGGUGAUGGUAAUAAAAGUUUACUAUGUCUGAUGAAUAUGGGUUAGAGAAGUUGUUCAUUGGAAUCUUUCUAUGAUUUGAUAUGAUAUGAUAUGCUGCGGCUUCUACUUUUAUAAUUC